ACAGAGAACUAAACUACCACCCUACAAGCACUGACUCUGGCAGAGAGAACCAACUGAGCUACCACCCUACAGCUACACACGGACAGAACUAAUCUAUGUCCAGAGAAGAGGAGGAGAAGCGGAAGAAGAAGCCAUUGUCUGGUGGGCCAAGGAUCUGUCAGACAGGGAACUUCAUCCCUUCUCCAGAUUGGAUUUAAAACAGUGAAGACUGAGUCAUACUAGUAGUCUGCAAAGAGGGCAACUUCAACUUGCAACUCCCUCUACCGACAUCGAGCUAAGAUGGUGCUCAAUAGUUUAGUAGCCUGAUGUGAGAGAGCUGGGGAGAGAGAGAGAGAGAGCGAGGGAGCUGGGGAGAAAGAGAGAGCUGGGUUGAGAGAGCUAGGGAGAGAGAGAGAGAAAGCUGGGGGGAGAGAGAGACAGUGAGAAAGAGAGAGAGCUGGGGGGAGAGAGAGACAGAGAGAGAGAGAGCAGGAGAGCGAGAUGACAGGCAGGAAAUGCCUGGAGUCACAGGACUGAAAUAAAGCAGAACAACUGGAGUAUAACUGGAUGACCAGGGGGAGCUGUCUGUGCCAGGGAGAGGGCCAGAGGUUUAGCCAGCUGCAAGGGCAUCCUGUGUCUCCUCUUACCUACUGACAGAAGUGGAGAAAGGAGAGUGAGGAAAACUGACAGAGAGACGAGAGGAGAGCAACAGACAGGCCUGUAGAAGCUGUAGCAGUAUGAAUGGUCACCGAGGUUUCUCUGUGCUGCGUUCUGAGGCAGCAGGGGCUGUGAGGACAGCUCUGGUGUCUGCUGAGAACCUCCAGCUCACCUUAAAGACUGAACUCAGCCAGGAGGAGCAGCACCUCACACCCCACACACACACCAAUGGAGGCCCCGAUGAGACACACACCAAAGGGUACUGUACAGAAGUGAAUGAAGACCUUAAAGAGAUGCUUGAGAGCAACAAGGAGUCGCUUAAACUGGAGGCCAUGAAGAGGGUUGUUGGGCUGAUCGCAAAGGGGAAGAAUGCCUCUGAGCUGUUCCCAGCAGUGGUGAAGAACGUGGCUAGUAAGAAUAUAGAGCUGAAGAAGUUGGUGUAUGUGUACCUGGUGAGGUAUGCAGAGGAGCAGCAGGACCUGGCUCUACUGUCCAUCAGCACCUUUCAGAGGGCCCUCAAGGACCCUAACCAGCUGAUCAGAGCCAGUGCUCUCAGGGUUCUGUCCAGUAUCAGAGUCCCAAUCAUCGUUCCCAUCAUGAUGCUGGCCAUCAAGGAGGCUGCCUCCGACAUGUCCCCUUACGUCAGGAAAACAUCCGCCCACGCCAUCCAGAAACUCUACAGCCUGGACCAGGAUCAGAAGGAGCUCCUGAUAGAAGUCAUUGAGAAACUGCUGAAGGACAAAAGCACAUUGGUAGCAGGCAGCGUUGUGAUGGCCUUUGAGGAGGUGUGUCCGGACCGUAUUGACCUGAUCCAUAAGAACUACCGUAAACUCUGUAACCUGCUAGUGGACGUGGAGGAGUGGGGUCAGGUGGUCAUCAUCUCCAUGUUGACACGCUACGCCAGGACACAGUUCACCAGCCCCUGGAAAGAGGACGGUGUGUUUGAUGAGCACAAUGAGAGGGCGUUCUAUGAGUCUGAUGAGGAAAAGACUAGAGAUGAGACGGAGGCCAAGCCCUACAUGAUGGACCCUGACCACAGACUGCUGCUCAGGAACACCAAGCCUCUACUACAGAGCAGAAACACUGCCGUGGUGAUGUCUGUAGCCCAGCUGUACUGGCACCUGGCUCCUAAAAACGAGGUCAGCAUCGUCACCAAAUCUCUGGUCAGACUGCUCAGAAGCCACAGAGAGGUGCAAUACAUUGUGUUACAGAACAUAGCCACCAUGUCCAUCCAGAGAAAGGGCAUGUUUGAACCUUACAUGAAGAGUUUUUAUGUGAGAUCCACAGAUGCCACUCACAUCAAAUCACUCAAGCUGGAGAUCUUGACCAGCCUGGCCAACGAAGCCAACAUCUCCACCAUCCUUAGAGAGUUCCAGACCUAUGUGAAGAGCCAGGACAAGCAGUUUGCUGCCGGUACCAUCCAGGCCAUAGGCAGGUGUGCCACCAACAUCUCUGAGGUCACAGACACCUGCCUCAAUGGACUGGUGCUGCUGCUCUCCAACAGAGACGAGACGGUGGUCGCGGAGAGUGUGGUGGUGAUCAGGAAGCUGCUCCAGAUCCAGCCCACCCAGCACAGUGAUAUCAUCAAACACAUGGCCAAACUCUUUGACAACAUCACUGUGCCGAUGGCGCGGGCCAGCAUCCUGUGGCUAAUGGGAGAGUAUUGUGAGAGGGUCCCUAAGAUCGCCCCUGACGUCCUCCGCAAGAUGGCCAAGAGCUUCACCUCCGAGGAGGACAUCGUCAAGCUCCAGACUGUCAACCUGGCUGCCAAACUCUACCUCACCAACUCCAAACAGACUAAGCUGUUGACCCAGUACAUUCUGAACCUGGGGAAAUAUGACCAGAACUAUGACAUCAGAGACCGCACGCGAUUCAUCCGCCAGCUCAUUGUGCCCAAUGACAAGAACGGAGCGCUCAGCAAGUACGCCCACCGCAUUCUGCUGGCGCCCAAACCAGCACCUGUCCUCGAGUCUGCCUACAAAGACCGCGAUCGUUACCAGUUGGGAACCCUGUCCCACACCAUCAACACCAAAGCCAGUGGCUACCUGGAGCUCUCUGAUUGGCCCGCCGUGGCUCCUGACCAAUCAGUGAGGAAUGUGGAGGUGAUUGAGCCGGUGAAGGAGUGGGCUCCAUCUCUAGGGAAGACUGUGAAAUCCAAGCCUGCCAAGUCAUCAGAUGACAAGUUCUACUCUGACUCUGGAGAGGAGGAGGAGAAGGGAUCAGGGAGCAGUAGCAGUGAGGAUGGCAGUAGUAGUAGUAGUAGUGAAGAGUCAGGCAGCGAUGCAGAGAGCCAUGUCCAGAAGAACAGCAGUCAGACCAGUGAGGAGUCAGACAAGUCCUCCAGCCAAUCAGAGAAGAGUUCCAGUGAAUCUGACUCUGAAAAGAAGGAGAGGAAAACUAAGACCCCACUACAGAAGAAGACAGUCAAACCAACCGCCAAAGACUGUGAUUCGGAUGAGAAUGGGAACGUUGCUAAAGAAGCCAACAGUUCGUCUGCAGAAGAGAGCUCCUCUGACUCAGAAUCAGACUCUGACACCCACACAGACUCUGACUCAGGCACCGAACACAAGAAGAAGACCAAGUCUAAAGCCAAACCCAAGGUGGAGGUGAAGUCAACAAAGGACGUGUCUCUGUUGGAUCUGGGUGACUUCACUCCUGCACCAGUGACCCAGCACAAGUCUUCUGUCCUCUCUCCUAGCCUUCUAGGAGACCUGGAGGGCCUGUCACUCUCCAAUGUCUCCUCCACCAUCCAGUUGAGCGGUCCAGCGUUUGUCCCAGAGAAGAGCCAUGACCUGCUGCACCGUAUGACAGGUAAAGGUCUGUCAGCCCAGUACCAGUUCCCCAGACAGCCCUGUCUCUACCAGCCCACCAUGGUCUCAGUCCAGAUCAGCCUGACCAACACCACAGACCACCCUCUGGAACAGAUCCACAUUGGAGACAGGAGCCCCACAGGACUCAACAUACACUGCUUCAAUACUAUAGAGUGUCUGGAGCCAGAGGCCUCAGUGACUGUUUUCAUGGGCAUCGACUUCAACGACUCAACACAAGCAGCCAACUUCCAGCUGUGUACAAAGGAGGACCAUUUCAGUGUGUCCAUCCAGCCUGCCAUAGGGGAACUCCUCCUGCCCAUCACCAUGACUGAACUGGACUUCCGCAAGGAGCAAGGUAAACUUCUGGGCAUGAACGAGAGCUCGGCAACCAUCACCAUGGCAGCAGAGAACAUGACCAGCCAACCAAUCAGCAGACCAGUGGCAACCGUGGCCAACCUGGGAAUGGUUCCAUCCAGUCAAGACAACGUCCACAGGUUUGCUGGUAAGACGGCCAAUAGUGGAGCUGUGGUGCUGGUGACGGUGGAGCUGAGGGGGGAGUCUACAGCCCUGAUCACCAUCAACACAGAGAAGAGUGUCAUGGGCUCCAUGCUGCUCCGAGACCUUAAACUGGCCCUGGCCCAGGCCUAGAGUCUACAGCGCCCCCUAGCCCUAGUCCUCCAACACAGGGAGAAAUGCACAGCUGCCAUGGAGAGGUCUCAUACACAUGCAUGCAUGCAAAAACACACAUACACAACAUUUAUUUCUGUCUCCCAAUCUCAAUUCUUCUUCCUCUCUUUCAUUCUCUGUCACGCAAAUACACACUUACAUGCAGGCAAAUAGAUUGAUAUGGUUUCUCUCAUGCUUAAACAUCCUCUCAUACGGUACACACUCAUACACACACCUCAUCAUAUUUUUUUACACUGUGACAGUCUAUUGUCAGCAAUGAGCAUCAAUGUUCAUUUCAACAGGACUCUUGUUUCUCCCUAGACCGGAGACUCUGUGUCUCCCUAGACCGGAGACUCUGUGUCUCCCCAGACCGGAGACUCUGUGUCUCCCCAGACCGGAGACUCUGUGUCUCCCCAGACCGGAGACUCUGUGUCUCCCCAGACCGGAGACUCUGUGUCUCCCCAGACCGGAGACUCUGUGUCUCCCCAGACCGGAGACUCUGUGUCUCCCCAGACCGGAGACUCUGUGUCUCCCCAGACCAGGUAACCAAAAAUGUGUUCAUCAUUCAAUGAGGUCUGUAUCACUUUUGGUGAAAAGAACUGAAUAUAUAUUAAAACUGUAACGUGAACUAUGGUUGUUGACGGUUGUUUUGAAUGAGUCUCUCUUGAUUGUGGUACUUUGUGUGUUUGGUUAGUGUGUCGGGUUGUUUUCCAGUGUGUUUGUGGGUAGGGUUGUGGUGCAGUGUGACUAACUGGGUCUUGGGUUCGGUGCGUUGGCUAGGAUGCAAUGUUGGGUUGGGUUAGGAUGCGUUGUGUUGGGUUAGGGUGCUGUGUUUUGUGUCUGGCUGUGUUAGAGUAUAGUGUGUUUGUGUGUUGGGUGCAGUGUUUGUGUUGUGGUUUGUCUGGCUGUGUUUUCCAGCUCAUAAGCGAGGUGUCUCUGAGGGCUAUAGAGAACACCUGUUAGAUCAUCCAUCACCUCUCCCUACGCACAUACUCCCCCUGCCAGCUGUUCAUCACACACACACACCGACAGGCCAUAGACAAUCACUACAACAGACCGCAAAACAUUUUUUCACACCCACUUCUUCUGCCAUUUUCCCCUCUCAGACACACACAGCGAGAGCUGCAACUGGCAGUGUAUAGAAACGGCUUUAUCUGCCAUUAUGACACAAGCCGUUAAGGCCUACUGCAGCUGUAACUUACAGCUCCGUCUGAUCCACACACACACACAAAUCUGGAGCUUUUACACUCUCGGCUUGACGUUUUUAUGUCCCAUUUAGAGAAGGAAUGGCCUGAUGCUAAAUCAGACUUUACUCAACACAGACGUGCUGGCCUGAUGCUUCAUACUUGUAGCUAUACUUGUAGCUUACUGGGCUGAACUGAAGUCAUGUAUGUUUGCAUUAGAUAUUGUUUCCACUAUGGAGAUUGGUUCGGUGUUGUUGUAAUGAAUAUGUACGGUAUCUUAGAUGCUUUCUUUCAUGUUCCAGUUAGCAUUAGGGAAAGGGGGAUACCUAGUCAGUUGUAAAACUGAAUGCCUUCAACUGAAAUGUGUCUUCUGCAUUUAACCCAACCCCUCUUAAUCAGAGAGGUGCUGGGGGCUGCCAUAAUCAACAUCCACGUCUUCGGUGCCCGGGGAACAGUGGGUUAACUGCCUUGCUUGGGCAGAACGCAGAUUUCUACCUGCUCAGGGAUUCGAUCCAGCAAAGACCUUACGUCUGUUUUGGCAACACUAAGUCAACAUCCAACAGACUGUACAUUUUACUAGAUUGGCAUUUUCCAUUACAACACAAAUCAGGAAAUACGUGAGAGCGGACAAUUAUCAUUUGAUAACAACAAACAAAGGUGGUACCAACAGCAUGUUCAUUUAAAUAUUCUGAGUGGCUGAGUGACCUGAUUCUCUGGAUGCCUCUCCCCAAUAGCUAAACAACCAUACCUUCUGUGCAUGUGCUACUUUAUUGUGAAAGGUAUGUUGUACAAACCUCUUAGUCUGCUGUUACUUUAAAGAACAUGAUGAUCAACAUGUUGUACAACGGUCCGCGAGUGAAACUCUGAAAUGAACACUUAUUUCAUAGUAGACACUAGAUGCAGUUCUAAUAAACAGUGUUUUCUGUUUUCUUCCUACAAAUAUGGCUCUAUCUUUUGAAUGGUUUAUUAAGCUACAACAUAUUAUGACCCCAUCACUGAAAAGAUAAGACUCUCAGGAACACCUGUGUCUUCUGUUUCCCUCUACAAUGACCACAAGCUGUUCAAGACUCAUUAGAACAGAGUGGACAGGACCAGCCACUAAAUCAGAGGGGGAAAAGAACCUCAUCAAUGAUGACACUGAAGAUCAUACAAAAUGAUUGCCUGAUGAUCUUCUGAACAUCCCAAUACCUUUCUGAUGCAUUUCAGUUACUUCCAACCAUACUUCCUUCAGAUUGAAUACUGUCAAAAGUACUGUCAGGCUGAUUUUGUAAUAGCUCCAAUUAAAGAAGUAAACAUUGGCCGUUGAUUACAUAA